ACUCUGACAGGUCCUCACUCACCAGCGACUUCAAAGUCCUCGAGGUUACAUUGCAAGCAGACUACAACUCAUUUAGUUACUCGCAGGCAUUAUUAGCAAUUCAAUGGCUCUCUGCGCCCUCUGCCAGAAGCUCUCGCCAUGGACCAUCCCUCACAUCAAAGAACCUUUCUCCCGCGACGAGCUUAAAGAAUUCGUGACACAUCACUUAACAUUCACAGCCCUACGACAAUCUAGUCUCACUUGUCCAUUAUGCUCUCUAAUCCACACAACAAUAGUAGACAGGGGGAAGUACCGUAUUAAUCCGGGAACCUUGCAAGAAGAUUUGCCUAUCCAACUUGGUAGUUACAGACAUAUAUUGAUCAGCCCAGGAGGACCAUCACAACUGUACUCAAUCGCGGUCCGAUGCGGCGAGUGUUAUGGAUCUCUUGUUGCACUGGCAAAAGACGGAAGUGAAGCUGCCGUAUCUAGAGAGGUUGCAGGACGUUUCCCCUUGAACCCGGACAGCGAUGAAGGCUUUGCGAUGGUAUCCACUUGGUUCAAGGAAUGUAUAGAAAAGCACCCGCAUACUUGCAGAUUACCUGGUAAUCUUACGGGAACUGAAGUCGCUGAAUUCCCAACUCGGGUCUUGGAUGUAGGCACAACUGGUGAUUUGCAAAUUCGACUCAUUGACUCGAGAGGCAUGAGAGGUCAAUAUGCAGCACUAAGUCAUCGAUGGUCUACAAACCCGAUAGAACAUUUCAAAACAACGAAACCGCUUCUAGACCAGCGAAAGGCGGGUAUCAACAUUAAUGCCAUGCCACUCAAUUUCCAAGACGCUGUGAAGGUCACACGGAAACUCGGUAUCCAGUAUCUGUGGAUAGAUUCACUGUGUAUAAUACAGGACGAUACGGGCGACUGGGAGUGCGAGUCUGCAGUAAUGGGCCAAGUUUACAAUAACAGCAGUGUCACUAUUAGGGCGGCUCCCGAAAGGUCGAGGUCUCCCUCUAAGCAAUAUAGUGGAGGCUUCCUUUCUAGACCCGCUAGCACUACAGAUUCGCCGACAGUCGAGAUACCGUAUCGAAAACGAAACGGAGAGCUUGCUGGAUCGUGGUUUAUGCAGCCAGAUAAGUAUUUCCAUAUCGGGAACUGGGAGUUGCAUACGAGAGGAUGGGUGCUGCAAGAGGAGCAGCUAGCUCGAAGAUCCAUCAGUUAUUACGGGGAUAAAGUGUCCUGGAUGUGUAAAUUAUCUACAAGUAUGACGAGCGAACCACAGCGUGGUGAAGUCUACAGUCCCGAAUAUGUCAAAAACGCUGAGAGUAUGGAAAACGAAGACUUCAACGGAUACUGGCUCGACAUAGCAUUCAUGUAUUCCAUGCGCCGUCUUACUUUCGAAUCCGACAGGUUCCCAGCAUUGUCGGGUCUAGCAACCUUCUUCUCUAAGCGGCAGGGUAAACAGUACUACGCCGGCAUCUUCAGCGGCGGAAUUGCCCAUGGUCUCCUAUGGUGCGCCGUCACGCCCGGCAUUUUAUCGCGCCGAAAGAUCACCGGUUACGUGGGCCCGUCGUGGAGUUGGAUGUCGGUGAAUGGACGGAUCACGUUUAAAGGGAGAGGCGGCGAUGAUGAAUCCGUAAGCGCUUUGGGAGAUGUCACGUUUAAGCUCACACCUCUCGGAAUGGACCCUAACGGUACUCUUAAAGAUGGGCAGAUGCAGCUGACUGGUAAUAUCAAAAGCGUAACAAUGCGCCGGAUAACGGCCAAGGGGGAUAUGACGAUGCGCCUUGAAGCUGAUUCGAAGGUGGUGGCAAAUUUCCAACUUGACUUUGCAGAUCAACCCCCUUUGGAGAAUGAGAUCCAGGAGGUGGAGUGUUUGCUUGUAAUGAAUGGUAGCGACUGCCCAUAUAAUGUUUUGGUUUUACGCCGAGUUAAGCAAACACUGCACUUUGAGCGGAUAGGUAUAGCCAGUGUCGACCCAGCAUGGUUUGUUGCGGGGAAUAGCAGGCACGAAUAUAUAACUGUUGUAUAAUCACCUCAAAAGGUUAUAAGGGACUGGUUUCACAGGGAGAGGUGUAUUGUUCGAACUUAUUUAUAGCCUUUACAUAACGUUUGUUGAUAACCUUAUGGUAAAUUUAUGGUAACUUUAGUCAGGACUCGGUGGGUGUUUAGAAUUUCACAAUUCCUUCAACUAGUAGUUGGAAGGCUAAGGGAAGAAACGCGUGUACGCCGCUAUAGCAAGUGUGGUAGGGCUAAUCACAGUACGUGCACUUGUCAGAUUGUGAUAGACAUGUCUAAGGAAGAG